AUGGCAAAACCAAAGUCCACUUACUAUGACUACGUCUACCUCAUUUCUUUUAUCGUUUUAUUCAUCGCUCAGUUUAUUAGAACAUGUGAUGGUGCAGUCCCACUAUUGGGUGGAAAGAAGUUGAUAAUUGGUGUGCCUAAGAAACCUGGUUUCACUCAAUUUGUAGACGCACAAGUGAAUCCGAGUGAUAAGAGACAGUUGGUGAAGGUCACAGGCUUCUCCAUCGAGGUUUUUAAUGCCACAGUAUCUCAUCUUCAGAGCACAGGCUUCAAUAUUUCUUUUGAGUUUAGGGCUUUUGUAAAUGACCAUGGAGACAGCGCAGGAACCUACGACACACUACUUAGAAAUAUUCCAGGACAGUAUGAUGCUGUUGUGGGAGAUGUGACGAUUGUGGCGAAUCGAUCAAAUUAUGUAGACCUUACAUUACCAUAUGCGGAGUCAGGUGUAAAGAUGCUUGUAAAAGUUCGACAAGAUCAAAACUCCAACAUGUGGAGUUUCGUCCGACCUUUUACCUGGGAUCUUUGGCUGUCCAUCGUCAUGUUCAGUAUUUUCAUAGGAGGCACUCUAUGGUUCAUGGAACGUAAUGCUAAUAAGAAUGAAGGACUUGAAAUUCCACAUCAAAGAGGACAACUCAUCAAUAGAGUGUCGAUCUUGUGGCUUCCUUUAUCACAUGCGAUUCUCCCUGAAAGAGAGUCAUUAGUGAAGAAUUGCUCAAGGUUUGUGUUGAUGUUGUGGUUGAUAUUAGCAUGCAUCCUCAUGCAAAGCUACACAGCAAGCUUGUCAUCAAUAUUGACAGUAGAUCAGUUGCAGCCUAGUUACCUUGGUUUUGAUGAUCUCGUAAGAGAUCCACAAAUUAACAUUGGAUACCAACGUGACUCAUUUGUCAGAGAUUUAUUGGUGGGUCGCUUAAACUUCGAUGAAUCAAGACUCAAGUCUUUCCGCACCAUCGAAGAAUACAAAGAUGCGUUAGAUAAAGGAAGCGGAAAUGGUGGUGUAGAUGCUAUUUUUGAUGAAGCUCCUUAUAUUAAGGUCUUCCUCAAAGAAUCUGGUCUUAGUUAUGGCAUGUUUGGCCUCAGCUAUCGCACUGGUGGUUUUGGUUUUGCAUUUCCAAAAGACUCCAACAUAACCUCGUACUUUUCAAGAGCCAUAUUAAAUAUCACUGAAAGUGACGGAAUGGAGCAGAUUGAAAGGAAAUAUUUUGGAAGUAGUGACGUGGACGAUGAACUCCAAGAACAGAUGAUGUUGUCGUCUGACAAUACCAGAACUAGUCUCACCACAUAUAGUUUUGGAGGUUUGUUCAUUGUGAUAGGAGGCCUUACAGUUUUGGCUUUGCUGGUUUCAGAAAGUGGUGUUUGGAGAAACCCUAUCAUGUUGGCAAAAGCUUGUAGCAAAACAUUGUUGACUCGAUGUUCUGAAAAAAUAAGUCAAAUGGGAAAGGGUUCUGCACAAAGUUCUCAAAAUCCAACUAGGCCAACCAGAAUCGACGCUUAG